AUGGAGGGGAUAUGGAGGGGAUAUGGAGAGGGUAUGGAGGGGGUAUGGAGGGGAUAUGGAGAGGGUAUGGAGAGGGUAUGGGGGGGAUAUGGAGGGGAUAUGGGGGGGACAUGGAGGGGAUAUGGAGGGGAUAUGGAGAGGGUAUGGAGGGGAUAUGGAGGGGAUAUGGAGGGGGUAUGGAGGGGGUAUGGAGGGGAUAUGGAGAGGGUAUGGAGGGGAUAUAGGGGGGAUAUGGAGAGGGUAUGGAGAGGGUAUGGAGGGGAUAUGGAGGGGAUAUGGAGAGGGUAUGGAGGGGAUAUGGAGGGGAUAUGGAGAGGGUAUGGAGGGGGUAUGGAGGGGAUAUGGAGGGGAUAUGGAGGGGAUAUGGAGAGGGUAUGGAGGGGAUAUGGGGGGGAUAUGGAGAGGGUAUGGAGGGGGUAUGGAGGGGAUAUGGAGGGGAUAUGGGGGGGAUAUGGAGAGGGUAUGGAGAGGGUAUGGAGGGGAUAUGGAGGGGAUAUGGAGAGGGGUAUGGAGGGGGUAUGGAGGGGAUAUGGAGGGGAUAUGGAGGGGAUAUGGAGAGGGUAUGGAGGGGAUAUGGAGAGGGUAUGGAGGGGAUAUGGAGAGGAUAUGGAGGGGAUAUGGAGGGGGUAUGGAGGGGAUAUGGAGGGGAUAUGGAGGGGAUAUGGAGAGGGUAUGGAGGGGAUAUGGAGGGGGUAUGGAGGGGAUAUGGAGAGGGUAUGGAGAGGGUAUGGAGGGGAUAUGGAGGGGAUAUGGAGGGGGUAUGGAGGGGAUAUGGAGGGGAUAUGGAGGGGACAUGGAGGGGACAUGGAGAGGGUAUGGAGGGGAUAUGGAGGGGACAUGGAGAGGACAUGGAGAGGGUAUGGAGGGGAUAUGGAGGGGACAUGGAGGGGAUAUGGGGGGGGAUAUGGAGAGGGUAUGGAGAGGGUAUGGAGGGGGUAUGGAGGGGAUAUGGAGGGGAUAUGGGGGGGACAUGGAGGGGAUAUGGGGGGGAUAUGGAGAGGGUAUGGAGGGGAUAUGGAGGGGGUAUGGAGGGGAUAUGGGGGGGAUAUGGAGAGGGUAUGGAGAGGGUAUGGAGGGGAUAUGGAGGGGAUAUGGAGAGGGUAUGGAGGGGAUAUGGAGGGGAUAUGGAGGGGAUAUGGAGAGGGUAUGGAGGGGAUAUGGAGAGGGUAUGGAGGGGAUAUGGAGAGGAUAUGGAGGGGAUAUGGAGGGGGUAUGGAGGGGAUAUGGAGGGGAUAUGGAGGGGAUAUGGAGAGGGUAUGGAGAGGGUAUGGAGGGGAUAUGGAGGGGGUAUGGAGGGGAUAUGGAGAGGGUAUGGAGAGGGUAUGGAGGGGAUAUGGAGGGGAUAUGGAGGGGGUAUGGAGGGGAUAUGGAGGGGAUAUGGAGGGGACAUGGAGGGGACAUGGAGAGGGUAUGGAGGGGAUAUGGAGGGGACAUGGAGAGGACAUGGAGAGGGUAUGGAGGGGAUAUGGAGGGGACAUGGAGGGGACAUGGAGAGGGUAUGGAGGGGAUAUGGAGGGGACAUGGGGGGGAUAUGGAGAGGAUAUGGAGAGGGUAUGGAGGGGAUAUGGAGGGGACAUGGAGGGGACAUGGAGAGGGUAUGGAGGGGAUAUGGAGGGGACAUGGGGGGGAUAUGGAGAGGGUAUGGAGGGGAUAUGGAGAGUCAUACUUCAGCUGUUUAAGACUGUUAAGAGUAGAUCCAGCCAGGGCAUGUGA